AUUAAAUCAAGAUUGUUAGGUUCAUACAACAGAAUACUGACCAUUAUGUUCUCAAGUUAAUUGAUUCCAUUGCUUCUUUGCAUAACACCAUUUAACACAUUUUUUCUCCUGCCGCCCCCUUUUUCCUUUUCCUUUUUUGUAUUUUUUUUUUAAAUAUCAGAGAUGGACACCUUCCUCUUCACCUCAGAAUCGGUAAACGAAGGCCACCCCGACAAGCUUUGUGACCAGGUUUCAGAUGCCAUCCUCGAUGCAUGCUUGGAGCAAGACCCAGAGAGCAAGGUGGCCUGUGAGACCUGUACAAAAACUAACAUGGUUAUGGUCUUUGGUGAGAUCACAACCAAGGCGAAUGUGAACUACGAGAAAAUAGUUCGAGACACUUGCAGAGGCAUUGGGUUCGUGUCAGCUGAUGUUGGUCUUGAUGCUGACAACUGCAAAGUUCUGGUCAACAUUGAGCAACAGAGCCCUGAUAUUGCUCAAGGAGUUCAUGGUCACAUGACCAAAAAACCCGAGGAAAUUGGCGCUGGUGACCAAGGCCACAUGUUUGGCUAUGCUACAGACGAAACACCUGAGCUAAUGCCACUAACUCAUGUCCUUGCUACUAAACUUGGUGCCAAGCUCACUGAAGUCAGAAAGAAUAAAACAUGCCCAUGGCUGAGGCCUGAUGGUAAAACCCAAGUGACUGUUGAGUACCGGAACGAAAAAGGAGCAAUGGUCCCUAUCCGCGUCCACACAGUCCUCAUCUCAACUCAGCACGACGAAACUGUCACAAACGAACAGAUUGCUCAAGAUUUGAAAGAGCAUGUGAUACAACCUGUCAUCCCAGCUAAAUACCUUGAUGACAAGACAAUCUUCCACCUCAACCCUUCUGGUCGGUUUGUGAUUGGCGGACCCCAUGGCGAUGCAGGACUCACUGGCCGGAAGAUCAUCAUUGACACCUAUGGUGGUUGGGGUGCUCAUGGUGGAGGUGCCUUCUCUGGCAAGGAUCCAACCAAGGUCGAUAGGAGUGGUGCAUACAUUGUUAGGCAGGCAGCAAAAAGCGUAGUAGCUUCAGGGCUUGCCAGACGUUGUAUUGUGCAGGUUUCUUAUGCAAUUGGAGUCCCAGAGCCACUUUCCGUGUUUGUAGACACAUACAAAACGGGAAAGAUUCCAGACAAGGACAUCUUGACUCUAAUUAAGGAGAAUUUUGACUUCAGGCCAGGAAUGAUUGCCAUCAAUCUUGACCUCACAAGAGGAGGCAACUUCAGGUACCAGAAGACUGCUGCUUAUGGACAUUUUGGACGUGAUGAUCCUGAUUUUACUUGGGAGACCGUGAAGAUACUCAAGCCCACAGCUUGAGUUAACCAGCCAUGGCAUUGCUACUACAGGUGGUUAUCAUCGUAGCCAUCUUUCAGAUUUUGGGUUAAAAGAAAAUAAAGGAGCUUCAAUGCGUACAUCUCUUAUUGAAGAUAUGUUUCACAGCUUGGAUGAGAAAAGGGAGCACAGAUGAUGUCUCUUAGUUGGACGCUUUAGCACAAUAGGAGCAUGCAGCAUUAGCUACCUCUUGUUUUUUGGUUUUACCACUUUAUUUAAAUUUCUUUACUG